CACUUUUCUCUCUUCAUUGCUUUCUGUUUCUGAUCGUCUUUCGGCUUGUAAAUACCAUGGGGCUGUAGCUGGGAGCGUUUACUCAACUCCCAUACGACUUCCGCGGCUUGAAAAACCGGUCCGACCGCUGGUUGUCUCCCCUCGGGUCGCUCCGCGCUUACUUCCCGGCGUUUAGUGCCUGUGCUCUGAGCGGGAGAGGCUGCAGAGAUGUCGGACAACGGUGGCUCGGCUGUCGGCCUUCUGUCUUACGAGACGCUGGUUCAUGCUGUGGCAGGUGCAAUGGGGAGUGUGACAGCUAUGACCGUCUUUUUUCCUUUGGACACGGCUAAAAGCAGACUGCAGGUGGAUGAGAAGCGAAAGCCUAAAUCCACCCCCAUCAUUCUGGCUGAGAUUGCAAAAGAAGAAGGACUUCAGUCUCUGUACAGAGGUUGGUUCCCAGUCAUUUCCAGCCUCUGUUGCUCCAACUUUGUCUACUUCUACACCUUCAACACGCUGAAGAGGCUGACAGCCUCUGGUCCAGGCAAGUCCAGACCCGGCAAAGACCUGCUCAUGGGGAUCGUCGCAGGGGUGGUGAAUGUGGUCCUGACAACUCCCAUGUGGGUGGUCAACACUCGACUGAAGCUGCAGGGAGCAAAGUUCAGAAACGAAGACCUCCACCAGACCCAGUACAGGGGCAUUUUUGAUGCUUUCUCGCAGAUCAUAGCCAAUGAGGGAGUGGGAACUCUGUGGAACGGCACUCUGCCCUCUCUCAUCCUCGUCCUCAACCCGGCUGUACAGUUCAUGUUUUACGAGGCCAUGAAGAGGAAGGCGGGCAAGGGAGGGAGGAAGAUAUCCUCAGCGGAGAUCUUUGUCAUUGGAGCCAUCGCCAAGGCCAUUGCUACCACCGCGACAUAUCCUCUUCAGACAGUUCAGGCCAUCCUGAGGUUCGGUCAGUACAAAGGGGACGGCAAGGGUGGUGUGAUGGGAAGCCUCUCAAACAUUUUCUCCCUCCUGAUGGACCGAAUCAAGAAGAACGGGGCUCUUGGUUUGUACAAAGGCCUGGAGGCCAAGCUGCUACAGACAGUGCUGACGGCCGCCCUCAUGUUUGUUGUGUAUGAGAAGAUCACUGCAGCUACCUUCAGAGUCAUGGGUCUGAGCAAGAAACUGAAGCAGUAAACACACAGCUACCUGAAUACAGUACAGCAUUAACACUCUCAUGGUCAGGAGGUUUUGUUAAUGUUAAUGUUUGUUAAUGAAAUUGUAUCAGUCACAUAAUAAGAGAUGGCAGUGGCCGUAGAUUCCCUUACUCAGCUAAAACAUGGAAAGUUGGGUGUAGCACUUAUGAUACUCACCUUUUUUUAACAUUUGACCGGUUCCAUCUGUGCAGACAGACCUUGGCUAUCAGCGGUGAAUCUCUCUUGGCACGGUGAUGUAACAGGAGCUGAAUUUAGUCGGGUUUUCAUGGUAAAUGAAAGAGAAUUAGUGGCAUGUAACCCAAAUAGGUUACGAGAAUGCAUUUAUCCCCUGAUUUGGCCUGUGCCUAAAUCAUGAAACAGACCAUUUGGAAGCAAAAUGAAUAAUUUGCACAAAAAGACCAAUGUCGUCACUUUCCAGAGAGAUUCACUUGCCUACAAUUGAAAUUAUAUCUCUGGAAAUCUGGAAAAAAGAACGGUCAGCUAAAAAAUUUUAAUUAGUUGUGAAAUACAUUGCAAUAUUUGCAAAGGAAAAGUUUGACAUUCAGGGAAAUAUGCUUAUUUGCUUUCUUGCCGAGUGUUAGAUGAGAAGAAUAACAAAUAGAAGAACAAAAUAAUAGAACUGCAGUGAUAGUAGAGGUCAGUAGGGGCGCCAAGAGCAAGUUUUUGCCCCACGGGCCCCCUAGGAGGUUAAUUUACUGGUCCUAACCAAGAAGUAGUCCAAGUACAAAACCCCAUAAAACAACAAUUUGUCACUGUUAAACUUGAAGCUACAAGCAGUGUGUUAAUUAGGGAGCUUUAGAGGUGCUUGUAGGUGACUUUUAUUACCCUUGGACACAGCCAGGCCUCAUUGAAAUCUCAGCAAGAAAGCGAAUACUCAUAUUCCCCAAAAUGUUCUCUGUAACAUUGGGGGCUUGCUGCAAAUGAUGAGACCAAUAAGGUACCUACUUAUGUGUCGCCUUGAUUUAAUCCACUGGACCAUUCCUCACACACUCCGUCUCAUGUUUCACUGUGAAAUGAACUAAGUUUGAUGUUCUGCAAGAUAGAAACCUCAUGAAUUUCCUACCAGGAGAUGCACACCAUGUCAUCAUUACACACAGAAGAGCAGUAGUAACAAGAAAUGGUGAAAGAGAGAAAAGGGCAGAGGUGCCGUUUGUAUCUAUAGAUGUGUGUGUAAAACCUGCUCCCACUUUUCAAGCUUAGAAAGGUUUUGGUUUUAAUAAUUAUAUUAAGAUAAGAUUUAAUAUAAAUAGGAAUGAAUACUUAAGCCUUCAGAGAGUUUGAGAGUAAAGGUUACAUAUGUAAAAAAA